AUGUCCCGCGCGGAGGAGCGCGAGGAUUCGGACUGUGUGUGUUCAGUGGGGAUGAAGCUGACCUGGGACAUCAACGACCCCAAACUACCGCAGGACAUGAAGCAGUGCGACCCGUUCCAGGAGUGGACAGACGGCUACGUCCGCUUCAUUUACAGUGGUGAUGAUAAGAACGCCCAGCGCCACCUCUCCGGCUGGGCAAUGAGGAACACCAACAACCACAACUGUCAGAUCCUGAAGAAGUCGUGUCUGGGCGUGGUCGUCUGUUCUCGAGGCUGCACGCUCCCCGACGGCUCCAGGCUGAGGCUCCGCCCCGCCAUCUGUGAUAAGGCGCGUCAGAAGCAGCAGAAGAAGCUGUGUCCGAGCUGCAAUGCUCCUCUAGAGCUGCUGCCGUGCCGUGGUCACAGCGGUUACCCCGUCACAAACUUCUGGAGGGUCGACGGGAAAGCCAUCUUCUUCCAGGCUAAAGGAGUCCACGACCACCCCCGACCCGAGUCCAAGUCUGAGACUGAAGCCAGACGAAGUUCAGUGAAGAGACGAGUCAACUCGCCGCCGUUCACGCCCAAACGGCGCCUCAUUGAACCUCAGGCUCUAGGCCCUGCCCUUCUGUCCUGCGUUGACCCAUCGGAAAGAAUCUCCUUCAUGGAGCCGAACUUCACGCAGCAUUACCCGUCAUUUCAGAGCCCAGAGCCGUACUACAACACCCACAAUGCAUUGGGAGAGGCCCCACCCACACUCCAGAAACCAGCCAAUACCAGGCUGUACAUGGGCCGGCCAAGUUACGAGUUCCAGGGGUACCUGGCCUCACCGUCAUAUCCCAUGCCCUCAGACUUCUGUGACCCCAGGGUGACCCCGGUUCUUGGCCCCUCCUCCUCUUCGUCCUCCUCAGCUCCUCUCUCCUCCUCUUCGUCCUUCGACCCACAGUCCAAGACUCCUGGUUGGAAGGAGCUGCUGAAGACCUCAGCCCCCUAUGGGGACAACCACCAUUACUACAGCACAGAAUACCCAUGCCGUUACCCCAGCAAUGCUCCGGGCUCACCUGCAGCGCUACAGACCAUCAUCACCACGACAACAAAGGUGAGUCCAGGUCAUCAGGAGGGUCCAGUGCUGACCUUGGUGUCGUACCAGCCGUGUCCAAAGCCUCCUGCCACGCUCCCGUCAUACCAGUCCUGUGCUCCUCCCAAGCCUCCCGGCCUCCCCGGCUGCUCCUCCCUGCUCGACGACUCCCCCUCCUCGUCCACAUACUCCACCGAGGUGAAGGUGACAGAGGAGUCAGGUGGAGUCAUCAAGUCUCUUUCAUUUCAGCCCGAGCCUCUGCAGACCAAAACGGAGCGGACUGAAAGCUACGACUACCGCUACAGCUACCCCAACACGUACCGCUAUGAGGACUACUGA